AUGGCCUCUAAAAAAGUGACUGCCUCGAUGCUUCGGCGUACAGCGUCUACUGCUACGAAAAGUACCCGACCUGCGGGCGAUAUUAGCUCUGUCUUUCCUUCUCUGUCAGGGAAAAAGACCGAAACCCUUCCUCAACGGUUCGCUGAUCUGAAGCUCAAUUACCUGAAACAAAAUCAAGAUGCCAUCCAACAAUCAUGGACGCGAUUGCUAUCUAGUCUACAUGAGGAAGUAGCAAUGGUCAAAUCGAAAGGCAGUUCACUGAUUCCGAACAUCACGUUCGAGGAUAUUGCAUCUAAAAAUGUAUCGAAAGCAAUUGCCGACGAGGUCCGCCGCCGUGGGGCUGUAGUUAUUCAGAAUGUCUUGCCCCAAGAUGAAGCAUUAGCUUUGAAAGCCCAAGCGCGUGAAUAUAUCAAAGCCAGUCGAGGGCGUGUGAAGGCUUUCCCUGCCGAUAACCCAGCUGUUUACGAGCUGUACUGGUCACCUGCUCAGGCGACAGCGAGGUCACAUCCGAAUGUUCUGUCGACGCAACAAUUCUUGCAAACUUUAUGGCAUUCAUCUGAUCCAGACUCCGAAAUUUCGACAACACAUCCGUUAACUUAUGCUGAUCGGUUCCGGAUACGCAACCCUGGUGAUGGCAGGUUCGCUUUGGGACCGCACACUGAUGGUGGAUCUUUAGAGAGAUGGGAGGAUCCCGAGUAUUCCCGGGUAUAUCAAAAGAUCUUCGGUGGUCACUGGGAAAAGUACGAUGCAUUUGAUGCCAAGCACAGAAUCCAUGCAAAAAUGGACCUUUAUAACGGCGCUGGGGCGUGUUCGAUGUUCCGCUUUUUCCAGGGUUGGCUGAGCAUGUCUACUACCGGCCCAAAUGAAGGCACCCUCAAGCUCUGUCCAAUGCUCAAGCAUGCUACCGCAUAUCUGUUACUGAGACCGUUCUUCAACCUGAAGACGUCUCAACUGGCAUUGGACUCGUCCUUUCCUGGUUCUGUUCCUGCUGCAUGCCAGGAAUACAAUGAUGAGACGCAUCCUCACCUGCAGCUUGAGCAUACCAUGGUGUCUGUACCAAGAGUUGAGCCAGGAGACCUUGUUGCAUGGCACUGUGAUACGAUACACUCUGUGGACAAGGAGCACAAAGGCAAAGGUGACUCAAGUGUUCUUUACAUCCCAGCUUGUCCCAUGACGCGGCCAAACGUUGAAUUUUUGACCAGACAGCGGCAGGCCGCUGUAGCCUAUUCUCCGCCACCAGAUUUCCCUGGCGCGGGGGGAGAAGGUGAACUUGGUUUCGAAGGGGCAGUGGAUUGGAACAAGCUGCCAUCAGAUGGUCUCAGAGCGAUGGGUCUCGGUUCCCAGAAGUGGCAUAUCAAAGACAACAUGUCAAAAGGAGAGCGGAAAGUUGUCGAGGAGGCCAAUCGAAUGUGCUUUUGA